GCAACCGACAUGUUGUCCUACUCGCACAUGGGGAAAAUAUUGAAACAAAAAUGAUCUCACGCGGGAACUGACCAACAUAGCAAGGGACGAACGAACGUUCCGCUGCCAUCACCGCACAAGGGGAAAACUGCACACAUCAGUGCGUUGCAUGUACAAGAUCGUUUGAAAAUUCUAUAGCCAGAAAAAAAUCUGCUCUUUCACUUCGCCAAAUAAUUAAUAUGGAAAAAUGCCAUUAUAGGCAGAAUAUUGUCGUUUUGGAUAUUUAGUACUUCACGAGAACUCACAGCGGACAGACAAUAAUUUCGGUUGCUCGGUUCGGUUUACCCAAAGUGGUUUUAAUAGGGUAUUACACAAUCCUAGUGAAUUUGCAUAACUUUUGAAACAACUAGGAAGUCUGAUCAAAAGAGCACGGAUCUUGCGCAAACCAACUGUACAAAGUCUGGCCGUUGAGUGACAUACAGUUGCGCACGUUCUUCCUGGAUCGAUUGACGCAAAAUGUUGAUACAGUAUGAAAACUAGUGCGAAAGUUUGGCCAGCAAAUCGAAGAAUCAUACGAUUUAGUGAUAUUUGGUGUGUAAAGCGUACAAAGUUAAGAUAUCAUAGGAUAAUUUAAGGCUUCAGUAAACAAGUGAACGAGUGAAAACUAACUUCGAUAAACGGAUUAGCCCGAGUGAGUUUGUGUUUCCGAGAAGAGUUCUGGAUCGCAUGAGAGACAGGCUAGCAUCUAAAUACGAGAUAAUAAUCAACUUUGUCGUUCAGGCGGAAAUUCCAUGCGAAGGUGAAAUGAUCGAAAAGUGCAAAAAUAUACCAAAAAUUUGGAUAACGACUGGCUGAACCUGAAAUAGAUUUGGUCUCGACGAAAAAUAAAGAGCAUGAAGUUAUUAUCUAGCUCAGUGAACUACAAAAUACGUAAAAAUAAACUCUAAGCUAGAAAAGGAAAUAUACAAUGCGCAAAAAGCAAAAACUACUGCCCGGGGUGUCAGACAUCGCCGUUCUUCUAUCGUUAGCUAGAUUAGUGUUAGUGUUAGGUCAGACCACCUGCAACAAUGGUCUGGGUCGGGUGCUAUAUGAAAGACUGCCAAAUCAACAGUUGCAAGGUUUCGAUGACGAUGUGGUCCGUGAUUCAGCACCACCAUUUCGAGUGCUGGAGAAAUGUCAGGAUCUUUGCCUGCGAGAUCGUACGGCGUCCACUAAUCUGGGACGGGCAUGUACGAGCUUUGAUUUUCAACCGGGAAAUAGGAUUGCAUCUUUUAGUGCCGGGCCUGAGUAUGAAGAAUCCACCUGCUACCUUACCCGAGAACAGGCAGCUCCUGAGGGAAUAGGAAAUUUGAUGUUGGUGCCAAACAGUGUCCAUUUCACUGAAGUUUGCUUGACCUCAAAUAGACCGGAUCGUGAAUGCCCCAGCAGACGGUAUGUAUUCGAAAGGCAUCCUAGAAAAAAAUUGAAACUGCCUGUUUCUGAUAUCAAAGAAGUAACUGCCGCCAAUCGCUCUGACUGCGAAGACAAGUGCCUGAAUGAAUUUUCCUUUGUAUGUCGAUCAGCAAACUACGAUUCAACUCUUCGAAGUUGCUCGAUGAGUCGUUUCACUCGACGUACUCAUCCAGAGCUACUGGAAGACGAUCCGAAUUCUGAUUAUUUAGAAAAUACCUGCUUGAAUGCCGAACGGCGCUGCGAUGGAUUAGUCGUCUACGUUAAGGAAGAAAACAAACGUCUCGGUGGACCAUUUGAAGUAGAAAUCUUUAGUAACAUGACACUUGAAGAGUGUCAAUCACUUUGUUUGAGGGCUGAAAAGUAUUUCUGCCGUUCUAUCGAGUUCGACGACCAGUCAAAACAGUGCAUACUCUCUGAGGAAGAUUCCGUGUCACAAAAGGAUGAUCUCAGUAUCAGUUCUAGUCCCACACAUCACUUUUACGAUUUGGUGUGUCUUGACAAUCAGCGAGGUUCCGAUUAUCCAGAAAAUUCCGUGACGUCACAUUUAUUUGCUAGCGGCCGACGUCCGGAUACUGCCUUUCAGCGCUAUCGAAACUCUAGGUUAGGUGGAGAGUUCCAUUCGGAAAUUACUGGCAGAUCGUUGAGUGAGUGUCUGGACGAGUGCCUCCGGCAGACCAGCUUCCAGUGCCGGUCGGCUGUGUAUAGUGAUCGCUUUCGAACCUGCCGUCUCAGUCGUUACAAUCAACGGGAUGGAAUGCGUAUCAUCUACGAUGCGGAUUAUGAUUAUUAUGAAAAUUUAAUGCCACAUUUAGUGGGCGGUGACUCAGACACGACGAAUGGGAGACCAGAUCCGACCGAUUGGAGACCACCUUAUGGAGAUCGUGACCGUGAUCGUGAUCGUGUUCCAGAUGACCGAACUCCAGGCCGAUAUCCACCAAAUGAUCGCUUCCCCCCUGGACCAAGACCUGAUUAUGGUGGUGACCCGUUCCCUGGUGCUUAUCCGUCAACAGACAGAUACCCUGGACCAACCGAUCGCUAUCCGAUUGGUUCUGGAACAGAUCGUUAUCCCUCAGAUUAUGAUGGAAGAUACCCACCGGUAUACGACAAUCGUUACCCGGGAGAUCGAUACGGACCUACAGAUCGGUAUCCGGAACGUGAACCUGAUAUGUACCCUGGCAGCCAUCCUAUGCGAUAUCCUCCACCUCCUGAUUCCAGAUAUCCUUCCGAUCCGCGUCUUCCACCGACACCAGAUACACGCUACCCAUUUGAUUCCAGAUAUCCAUCAGAUUCUAGAUACCCUCCUGAUACAAGGUACCCUCCCGAUUCCCGCUACCCGACCGACUCCCGAUAUCCAUCCGAUUCACGAUAUCCUCCUUAUCAAAUGCCCACACCAGAUUCCAGAUAUCCCCAACCCAUGCACCCUGAUUCUCGUUAUCCGACUGGUCCGGUAGCACCAACAGGCACUCGCUAUCCUCCGUCGCAAUAUAUGCCGAACAUGUAUCCCGAUUACCAGUCCGGCUAUCCACCUCCUCCUAGGACACCACCCAACCGGGGAUAUACAACAGAUCGUUAUCCUGCGCCACUGAUGCCAGUCGAAAGCAAUCGCUACCCCGCUCCCGAAACCCGCUAUCCUCUGGAACCAGUUCCAGCACAGGGACGGUACCCAACAUCACCAAAUGUGUCACCAUUCCACAAAUAUAUGAACCGCCGUCCUGGAUAUGAUCCGUAUAUGCCAGCCUAUGGACCGGAUCGGGGUUACAUGGAUGAUCGCUAUGGUCCUUAUUACCCGCCGUCUGGAUCAGGACGUAUACCUCCACCAGUUCCUGCAUUCCCCGAUCGAGAUCGGGGCUACCGGCGUCCAGGAAUGCCAGAUGGCGGGGGCUAUCCAUUUGAGGUUCCAUACGGACCUUCAAGCUCCGGUUAUGACAACACACUUGGCGGAGGAGACGGUUUUGGAGGAUACGGUCCACAGCGUCCGUUUGAAACACGUUGUGAUGGUCUAGACAGCUUCAAACAGAUGGCGACCAAGCGAAAGAUGCGAAAACAAUAUAUACGAAGAGUCAUAAACGCUCCCUCGUUAGGACUUUGUCAACAGGAGUGUGUUAGGGCUAGGGAUUUCAUGUGCCGAAGCUUUAACUACAGAGACUCAGCUCCGUAUGAGACAGAUGGAAACUGUGAGCUAAGCGAUCGAGAUUCACGAGAUCUUGAUAUUCCAACCAGUCAGAUGUUUGAGUCUGAUAAUUCGGAUUAUUAUGAGAGAUCUGCUGGAAGAGGAGGUGGUCAGGAUGAAUGUCUGGAUGUUGGUCAAGUGUGCAACGAAGAUGGCAUGGAGUUCACACUUCGAACACCGGAAGGUUUUCUCGGUCGAAUUUAUGCGUACGGAUUCUAUGAUCGAUGUUUCUUCCGAGGAAACGGUGGUACGGUAAAUGUUCUUAGAAUAAGUGGUCCACAAGGAUAUCCAGAAUGUGGCACUCAGAGGUAUGGCGACACAAUGACAAACAUCAUCGUUGUACAGUUUUCUGAUAAUGUUCAGACUGGUAGAGAUAAACGAUUCAAUUUAACUUGUAUGUUUCGUGGACCAGGGGAAGCAGUAGUCACAUCUGGUUAUAUUGGAGCUGGAUCUGGUAGUCCAAUUCCGAUCGAAUAUCUUCCGGCUGAAAAUUCAAUGAGCAAUAAGGUGCGCCUGAUGAUCCUCUAUCAGGGUCGUCCCACAACAACCAUCGCAGUUGGAGAUCCGCUAACGUUCCGUCUGGAAUCCCAGGAUGGAUACAGUCAUGCAACAGAUAUUUUCGCUACAAAUGUGGUUGCUCGCGAUCCUUAUUCUGGAAGAAGUGUUCAGUUGAUAGACAAUUAUGGUUGCCCUGUGGAUAAUUCUGUGUUUCCAGAAUUGGGAAGAUCUCGCGACAGUGAUGCACUAGAAGCAAGAUUCAAUGCCUUCAAAAUACCGGAAUCUAAUUUCCUUGUGUUUGAAGCGACUGUGCGAACUUGUCGAGGUGGUUGUCAACCGGCAUAUUGCCCUGGACCUAGUGGACGAUCAGAGCCUUCAUUUGGACGGCGGAAAAGAUCUGCAUCCGAAAAUGCUAGUGAGUUAGAUGGAACCGCUGAGCCUCUAAUUGGAGACAAUGUAGACGAUGAGGACGAGGAAGUUUCAGUAGUCAAUGGAACAGUGAUAAAUGAUAAUAAUAUCACCAGGAACAUUUCCGCGGAUAGUGAAGAUUUAAAUCCCAAUGAUUUGGACUCCAGUGCGAGUGACAUGCCGGAACAAGUGCGAGAAAUGAUUGAGUCUCGCGCUUCUCGUCCGCUUCAGGUGUUUCAAUCCCGCGAGGAGAUGCAACAGGAUACAGUAGCCAGAAAGAUGGUAGCUCCUCAGGAGGCCGUUUGCUUGACGUACUCCGAGUACUACGGUCUACUAAGUGCACUGAUCCUGUUAAUGAUCUUACUGAUCGGCAUUACCUUCGCAUCUGGGUUAGCUUAUCGGCGCUACUGGAUUGCGUUCAUGAAGAAUCGGUCACUGGAUCGAACGUCUCCAGUAAGUUCAUUCACUCCAUCUGCUCUGCACAACAUUUCGAGAAAUCAAUUUCACGCCUCAGGAAGAGGACAUUCAUCGUCCUCAAGAGGUGAUCGAAAUAUACGGACACCAGGAUUGUCUCUAUUCGAAAAUGGUAUUCAAAAGACCUUUGCGACAGGAAACCUUUCACGGAUGUGUCAAAUUCCGGUGAUAAACCCGAUCUCGAGAAACAACAAUAAAAACGACUUCGACGACCCAAGUGAACCAAUCUAUACUGACCCUUCCCUCUUCGAGAGGUCUAGAAUAUAAACGCCUUUGAACCCUCUUUCAGAUCACUUCGCAGCAUCGCUAUUGACCAAACCGAUGCCAACAAAGUUUGAAAUGUUUGAAAAGGAUUUGCUAUAGAAAAUCAAAUUCAAAGUUUUAUGUUUAGAAAUAAUUAAUGAGCGAAAAUAUUCGAUCAUUAUGGUAUCUAGAUAUUCAAUGGAAAGGCCAAGCGUUUAUGUGGAAAGUUGCACCAAACAUGGUAGCCAGAUAAAGGAAAAUGUCUUAAAUGAUAAAACAAAUUGAUAGAGCUCAUACAUAUAAGUACUGUGAUGACUAUAAAUAGUGAAGAUCCAGUAGAGAAAUACUGGAAUGGUUGAUCACUUGUGUGAAUACGCUUUCCCUCGUCGUUGGAGAAAGAUAUUUUUCAAGACAGUUAAAUACCAAAGAUUGAAAUAUUCGAUUAGAUUUUCGGUGUCUGUAUAGUUGUCAAAUCUCUUCUUAAUAUAUUCGAAGUAAUUUAAUUAGAUAAGUUGGAAUGUAAGAAAAAAUCCAAUAAUAAACAUUAAGAGACCGUAAUGUACGAAAUAGCUGGAAAUUAAACCAAACUGAAGAACGUUUCCAAUGUUUACUCGGUGCUUUGGUAAUUAAUGUAAGCCAAAAUUGCACACUGUUCGGAAAGAUGUCGUUUCAUCGGAUACAAAAACUAAAGAUCAAUCGAAUUCCACUCGGUUAUCAAGAUUAAGUUAUGGAUAGUCCCACUAUCUUAUCUAAUUAACA